UGGCGACAUACUGCGCCCAUCACUAGUCCAACAACAAUAGCAAAGGAAAAAAAAGCUUGCGUUUUUCGGUCGUGCAAGCUAACUGCAAACAAAAGUUUGUGCGCAAUAUUGAAAUUACCACUCAAACAAUGGCAAAUGUACGCGAGUGAAAGUGUACGAAGAAACUUAUCGUAAUUGUUUUUUGUGUGAAAACGUUUCGUUCAUUGUUUGCUGAAAAAGAUCCUGAUUCAGCGUUUGACUAGCGCGCGUCAUCACGGUUGCUUACACAUCGAAGCGUAGGUUUGCAUUCAGCACGUCCGGUAGUGGUGGUCCGGUGGGAGAGGUGGUGGUGGUGCGAUAAUCGCGCGGAUAUAAUUCGCGAUCGCAACCAUUUUACAACCCAUUGCGGUAUUCUUGGAAGGAGAGCCAUAUUUAGGUCGCCAUCAGUGCGCCGGUUGCUGUAUGUUUGUUUGGACAACAAAAGGAAGGUCCUGCGAAUGACACAAUGAGCGCUGGUUGAACUGUGGGAGCCGUGUGGAAAGGAACUACCUGCUGUGGCUGUGCCGUGCCCAUUACUCUCUGCCGGAAAGGUGGUUGAGCGUGUGUUCCCGUACGGUUUAACUGCACCAUGUCCGGUGCUGACGGAACACCAGACAAAUCCUCCACGGAUAGGAAAAGUGGCGAUUCCGCUUCUUCGAGCAGCAAUAGUAACACCAACAAUGAGUCGGAUGAGCGAGGAAAAACAUCCGCGGUCAGCUCUAGUUCAUCCAAGCCGAGCGAAACGUACGACAGGAAAAAGGUAAACAGUAGCACCGAAGACGGUGGUAACAGCAAUGCUGCUAGUACGCGAACCCUGAAACGGUUGUCGGAUGGAAAUACGGGGAAUGCUUCAGCUGCCUCCAGCACUAGCGGCGAUGUUUGCAAACCAGAUGAUCGUAAUCAAGCAGCAGCGGGCGGUAGCAAUGGAGUGCCAGGCUCCCAAAAAUGUGGCAUAUGUCUCGAGGAAAAGAAUCCGUUAAAUUACAUCCUGCCGAUGGAUGGUAACACUAAGGCAUUCUGUUCGGAGUCGUGCAUUAUGGAGUUUCGGAAGAGUGGCCAGCGGACGUGCAUACAGUGCGACAACGUUGUGCGGGCCAAUGCUCCAAACCCGAACUUUUGUUCUACCUUCUGCUUGAAAAAGUAUCAGAAGAAAAGAUCACCCAGCCUAAUGAAUCCGUUUGACGAUCUGAGGACAAACAGUAGCAACAACAAUAAUAACACAAACAGCCACAAUCACAACAACAACAACAGCCCCAACAGUAACGGCAGCAAUGGCAGUUCGAAUGGUAGCCGUCGAAGUCAAGGAGGAGGCAAUAUAUCACCUGGGCGUACAGCCACACAACAGACGACCCGCAUUAGCCCCGUCACAACAACGCAGACCGGUGCUUUUCAGUACGAAAGCUUUCACGUGUUCGACUGGUCGGAGUAUCUGCGUGAAUCGGGCAGCGUACCGGCACCGGCGGAAUGUUUCAAACAGGCGUUAGCUCCACCGAAGAAUGAGUUCAAAAUCGGCAUGAAGCUGGAAGCGCUCGAUCCGCGCAAUAUCACCUCGACCUGCAUCGCGACCGUAGUCGGUGUGCUUGGUUCGCGGCUCCGUUUACGACUGGACGGGGGUGAUAAUAAGAACGAUUUUUGGCGAUUGGUCGACUCGAACGAAAUCCAUCCGAUCGGGCACUGUGAAAAGUCGGGCGAGAUGUUAAAACCCCCGCUCGGGUUCCGGCUGAAUGCCAGCAGUUGGCCGACGUUCCUGUCGAAAACGUUAAACGGUGCCGUGAUGGCACCGGAAUACAUAUUCGUACCGGAACCACCGACCCCGAAAUGUAAUCUAUUUCAGGUCGGUCAAAAGCUGGAAGCGGUGGACAAAAAGAAUCCGCAGCUGAUCUGUUGCGCUACCGUUAAUGAGGUAAAGGAGGAUCAAAUUCACGUGACGUUCGAUGGGUGGCGAGGUGCGUUCGAUUACUGGUGUCGGUACGAUUCGCGCGACAUCUUUCCGGUCGGUUGGUGUGCUACGAGCUGCCAUCCGAUGCAACCGCCCGGUCAGAAGAAUAAGCUAGACGGGAGCGGCCAUCGAUCGAAAACUGGUCGAUCCUCGUUCGCGAUGGUAUCCGAAUCGUCGCCCGAUACGAUGCAACCUGCCACGCUUGUAACGGCCCACUUUCACAGCCGGUGUAGAGGUGGACCACACAUUAACAGCUCAAAGCUACCGUCGAUGGUUACCGCGCCGAACCACCAGACGCUGGCCAAACUUUGUUUGCAGGAAGUGCUGGCGGCUUCUCACGAUCAUUCGCUACUGUCACCGCUACUGUUCGGGCUCGAUGGAGAUGUGCAUAUCGUGACGGCGGCCGGUAAAAAUUUUACCGUCAAAAUACCGGCCUACAUCAAACAGAAGGCAAACGCGGGCGUUUCGGAGUUUUUGGAGAUGCUCUGCUCUGCGUGCCAGGCCUGCCCGAAGCUUAUCACGCUCGAACCGGGUCCGGAGCAGUGUGAAGACUGUAUGGUCCAUUCAUCCCCCCUGAAGCGAACGAUCAAAACGGAACCGCGUGCAACGGCGGCCGCUAGUCCACCACCGACGGCCGCAUCCUCACCGAAAGCAUCCGCCACGGGUAGGACAAGCGCUGGUGGGCAUGAGCUGCGAUCAGCGAAAGAAUCUACCAAGGAUAAGGAGUCACAUUUGCGGAGUCCUUCGCCGAAACGUCGUGCGGUAACGAGCAGCAGUGAACAGAAGGGAACCGAUCGGAAUGCUCAGGAGGAAUCGAAAACUCCCACCAGCACAUCGUCGCUGCCCACCAAGAAGGAACGCAUUGAGCCAAGCUCAUCGGUCACAACCACAACAGUGAACGCGAAACUAGCGUCUAAAACGAGCGCGGGCCAUAGAUCUACUAAAACGGAUACGUCCGGAGCAAAUCAAACACUUUCAUCUAGCUCAUCAACGGUUACGACAGUGGCCACAUCGUCCACAACGAAUCAGCACAAAUCGUCUACCGCAGCGACACCGGUCAGUCAGCCUACAUCUUCGGCCACGGUGUCGACGACAAGUGGCAGUAGCAAACCUAUCACCACAACCGGAACGAUAGCCAUCAAGAUGGAAGUGCAAACAGGUAACGUGGCUGCUGUUGGGGCGGCACAAGCGACCGCCGCCGUUGCAGCCACAUCCGCCGUAACGGUUCCAGCGGCGGCUGCCGCCGUACCGUAUCAUCCAGCACCGAUCGUUACGCCGCUGAUGCCGGGAGUUUGCGCGAUCGGACCGGCCGUUGCAAUGACUUCCGUGCCGGGUUCACUAAUACCCGUAGUGGCAGCAACGUCAUCGAAUCCAUAUCAAACGAUGACAAAUGCUGCCCCCGCUGGACCGCAAGCUUGUGCGAAUACGGGUGGUGUUGGUAAUUACUUCAGCACCACACCUUCCGGCAUGAUGCCUUUAGUGCCAUCCAUUAGUCCUGCAAUAUCACAGAUGCCCCGCGGUCAGACGACCGACUGGACGAUUGAGGAUGUGAUACAGUUUAUCGCUGUACAGGAUCCAUCGCUCGCUAUCCAUGCGGACCUAUUUCGGAAGCAUGAAAUUGACGGCAAGGCACUGUUGCUGCUGAACAGUGAUAUGAUGAUGAAAUAUAUGGGGCUGAAGCUGGGACCGGCACUAAAAAUCAUCAAUCUGGUCAGUCGUGUUAAGGGACGGCGUCACAACCUGUGCUAAUUGUCAUUCAAACAGUGGAAUCGACUGUAAAAAGGACACAGUUUAGCAAGUACCUUGUUUGUAGGGGUGAGAAAUAACCUAAGAAAGGCCAUUACUGAGGGUUCUUAUCGGACAGGGAAUCUUGUACCUUUUUCUUAUAGCAUCGUCUCUUAGACUUGCCUAACCGUACUGUUACACCUGUAGUAGUGGUUCGUGUGCAAAGUCACCGAACGUUUGUCUUACACUUGAAUCUGGGCAUAAUCAGCGUAACAGUUCUUUUGUCACCGUUUGUCCAACAGCUGGAAUAUGUGCAAAAAUGUACGAUCUAUUGGUUAAGAUUUUCGUUCAAAUGCAACGAAAAAACUGACAUUUUAAGGCACGAGUUUCACGUAGAUUAUGAUAGUUGUUUAAUUUUUUUUUUUACAAUACGUUAGUUUGCGAUCAAGACGUUAAAGAAAUACCAAGAUAGUGAGGUUCAUUAUAAGCUGCUUAAGUUUAUUAAAAUGAAGAAAACAAUACAACCGUGACAAAGCACGUUGUUUUAGAAGUACGUAGACAUUUUUAAAUGGAUACUGUUGUCAACCAGUGCUGAGUAAUUGCAUACUACAUGAAAUUCCAUUUCUGAUGCUUCAUUAGUUGAACUUUAUAAUUUUUUUUUAUUAUUAAAGUAACUAUCGAAUUCCGAAUUUUGUUUUGAACAAUAUAAAUAGUAAUAAACUUUUCUGUUAUUUGCUCUUACUUGCAUGUCGACAAAAACGUGAGCCGACACCAGUAUGCGAGGAUGAGUAUUUUUUCGCAUGAACUUGAAUUAUGAAGAGGAGUGUUAGGAGAAAUACAUACGUAAAUAUGCUCUGUAUAUAUCGUUGAAGAAGUUAUCUCGAUGCUUCUGAUUUUGUUUUUAAAGCUGCUAAAAAUACCAUCGAAAGAACACAAGUAUUUGAGGAUCUUUUUUUCCACCAAACCAUGCACGGUGCUAACUGACCACAUGUCUUAUCUGAACCGAUCAUUUCAUGCCCGCAAAUGUACGCAGAUGGAAUAGGUUUCAAUUGUAUAUCGUUCAAUUACUUUGUCCCCCCCGCCGCAGUUUUUCUGUUAAUUAUCUAUAGUGAUGGUUUAUCCAUUCGGACGAAGAAUAUUACAUUUUGCAAAUGGCUCAAAUAUGUUUCCAAAUGAUGGAACACCAAGAAACAUCACUGAAUAAUUGUUUGAACAAUUUAUCGAGUUACGUUUAGUGCGUUAAAUAUGUCAAUUAUUUGACAACGGUUUGAAAGAAUGUUUUUUUUUUGUUAUGACCGAGAAGGAUUUUACUCCAUUAAAGAUGCAACAUAAAUAUAAACAGAAAAGAAAACCAAUGAUCAGUCCACGGAAUACAAAGCAAAUGAACGAAUGUAAUAGAACAAACAACAAAUAGCAUAAAUCAAACAGUAUCAACGUGUAACACAUGAUAACCACAAAAGUAUAAUAAUAAUACAUCAUCAGCUGCACGAUCCCGCCCGCUCAUGAUUUUUAAGGUUUAAGAAAAUGCUAGUAAAAACCCAUACACAACACACGGACUUUGCAAACAAUCUUACAGCUAAAAAAAACCUAUUUGCUCCAAUUCACAACACAAAAAUGGUAUUUAAAACGGCGCACUACAAACUACACAAUGAGAGCAACGGAGGAAAAUUUAAAGUUUACAUAUGUAUCUUCUUACCAUUAACUUUACUUUUACUGCUCAAAUGAUCUGCUCGGUAGGAUAGAGCACAUUUUUGUGUCCAUGUGAGUGUGAACCAUUGUAGGCUAUCAAAAUUUGAAAUCCGAAACAAUAGCUUAUGAAUUGGAAUGUGUAACACGUUAUAUUGGAAACCGAGGGGCAAAAUCCUGAAGGGUUUAUCGUACUAAAAUUCCGAAUCUGAGAGUGAAUUAUGCACUAGACAAAAUAAUGGUGAGUGUUCUUAAGCGCACCGAUCAGCGUAGCAACGUUUAGGAUGAAAUAAAAAUGAAAUGCCCCUUCGCAUAAAUUCAACGGUAAAA